GUGUAUCUCAUUUCUUUGACUUCCCUUGACUUUACCCUUAUCGUUCCACAUCCAACCAUACUACUAGUGCACCCAAAUCAGUCAUCAUGAAGCUCAUCACAGCAUCGCUAUUGCUCCUCUCUCCACUUGCCAGCCAAGGAUUUGUGUCUCCUCAAGGAGUGGUACGAACUUGCCACGAUGGUCUCGUUCUCCCGCCCAAACCAUCGUCUUGCCUUGCGAUGCAAACCAGCGGCGAGCAACCGCAACCAUCCGGUCUCAACUUGGGGCUGAUUGCCCAGAACGCCGCCAACCAAGCCUUGAUUGGCAGUACCAUCUGGACGGGCGGCAAUGGCUAUGAGGUCUUGACGAACAGGGCGGACUUUGGCGUUUUAGGGAUUGUCUUUGGAAUUGUAGGAGUCCUGCCCAUGUUGGCCCUGUCUCGGAAAAUCGAAACCUCCGAGGCCUACGCCGUUUCGGGGUUGAAUCUGUCCACCAACAUGGCCGUGUUGCGACUCUUUGGUGACACGCCCAAACCCAUCUCGGUAUUGCUCGUGUCGGCCUUUUUGGCCGGUCUGACAGGCAUUGUGGAAGAAACCACCUUUCGAGGACAAUUGCUUUACGUCUUUGCCAACAAUUUUGGUAAUGGAGACUUGUUGACGGGUGCUCUGCUCUCCACGGUCCUCUUUGCCAUUUUACACACCAACCCCGCCAGUUUCGUUCAAGGAGACAAGGAUGCCAAAUUGGACAACAUCGUGCUCUUUGGAUUGCAACUCAUCAAUGGCUCUUGGUUUGCAUUUCUGUAUUUGACUACGGGAAAUUUGGCCGUGUCCAUUCUCGCCCAUGCCCUCUACGACUUUUACACCUUUUACAAGACCCACAUGGUCGAUGUGGCCGGUCAAAUGGAAUAUGCCGCUCGCGAAUCGGAAAUGCCCGACGUGUCGCCUGCCUUGCAGAAAAAAUGGGUGGCGGAACGAGGUGAGGACUUUGUCACGGGUGUUCAAGAGUCCUUUUAUCUCAUGGAUACCAAUCGCGAUGGAGUCCUCUCGCGCAAGGAACUCCGCGUGGCCUUGUUCUCGUACGGCAUCAACCUCUCACAGCUGCAAAGCGCACGAGUGGCGGCACAAGCCGAUCUCGAUCAGAAUGGAGACAUUAGUAUGGACGAGUAUUUGGAGUUUGUCGGUCCUUCUGGAAGUACCAGCAAAGCGGUUCGAAACACAUUGUUUGGGCCGCUCUAAUCUUUCCUACUUCGAAUGCGACGAUGAAUGAACAGCAAUCUACGGACGGCCAGACGGAGCCAAACGAUGAGUUUUUGUCUGCUGCCGACAACAAGUAAGUCAUUUGCCAGAAGCUUGUACAAACAGACAACAAGGUCGGCAGCAGAGGAAUGGGGUGCACAGCCAGCAAUACGAGAAACAAAACUGCUAUGAUACAAAUAGAACGGGUGUGCAUCAGAGAAAGAUUUUGUGCCAAUUACAAAGAAUGCAACAGCUAAGCUAGCCAUUGAGAUUUAGGAAUUCGGGCUUGGGCUAACUCUCAACGUCACAUCUUUUAUCCUCCCUCU